AGUAUGUAUUUAAUGAUACUUGGAUAAAGAAAAACAUAUGAUGGCUCUUAUAAUACUGUCAUAUUCAAACAAAUGUAAAAUCAAAUUUAACCAUUGUCUUAAUGAUUCGCUUUAUUAACAUAAAAGAAUUUAUAGCCUUUACAAAAUCCAAUAGCUUAUUGAAUAUAGUGUGAAGCAAACUGAAACGCGUCAAAAACUUUAUUUUAGGUUAUAAUUUAAUUAUCCUACUUUUGUUUGUGUAUAUUGUGAAUAACAUGUGGGUUUUUAUUUCAAUAUUUCCUGACAACCAUGUCUGAUACUUUCCAAAGAUGUACAAUACUCGCAACAUUUUUUUUAUCUUUAUUUUGUGGGAGUUUAGUCUGCACAUCGCUAGUCACAAAUCACUGGAUUGAAUCUAAACCAUGGCGAGAUAAAAAUCCCUUAGACAGUUCUGGUCGAGUGUAUUUUGGACUUUUACAUGGAAAAAAAGAACUGAAUGUAGCAUUUGGAUGGCGACCAUAUGAUAUCACUGUUUCAGAAAUGAUUGACAAAAACCCAGAGUUGAUGUCAUGGAGCCUUUGGUGCGCUACUCUUGCAUCAACAUCACUUGCUCUAUUGUGUGCAGGACUUGCUGGAUUUUUAGCUAUCGCUAAUGCCGUCACUACUCCUUCGAUAAAAAUCUUUGCUCUGCCGGGUAUUUAUUUGACAAAUAUAAGCGCAUUUAUUAUGUGUGUUAUCAGUAUAUCUACAUGGUUAACACAAUUCUACACUAAGUUGUAUGAUAAUGUAUUGCCAAAGGAAGAUUUGGAAAAUUAUUGGAUGAGUAAGGGGGCUACUACAUUAGGUUAUUCUUUUUGGCUUAUUAUUGUAGCUGGUGUAUGUCACCUUAUUAAUAUCCUAUUGAUAAAAUGGAGCACAAGUCGAACUGUCAAACAACAUGAGAAUCCCUUCAGCUCUUUGGAGGAGAAAUCUGUUGGUGCCAUAAUGUUAUACUAAAUGUGCAAGCCAAUUUUUAUAAUAUUUUGACCAGGGAUAUCCGUCCAGUUAUCCGUCCAAUUUUGGAGCUUUUUUACUCUUGCCGAUGCACUUUUGUGCUUUAGAAAUUAAAGAAGACUAACUCGUAAAUGAGCGAGCAUAGUUAGAAGAACCUCAUAUUUAGUAUUGAUAUUACAUAAUAUAUAAGUUAUUAUACUGUAAUUUUCCACUAUUUAUCUCAAAGUUAUCCCACAAGUACUUUUUUAGAAUAAUUUUUAUAAAUAUUUACUAUACAUAUCAAUUUCAAAUUCAAAAAAGAUAAUGAAAUCAUAGCACACAGGAUAGUAUGUGAUCAAGUUUGAACUAAAUUAUAAUGCUGAAUGUUCAAACACUUUAUUAAUUUGUUCAAUUAAAUCCUGCCACAAUUUUGGAAUGUACAUAAUACAUAUCAUUUUUUACAAUAAAAUUUUUAUACAUUAAAAGAA